CAUGAGAAAUGCGGGGUCGUGUUCAGGCACCCAAUUGCAUGAUUUUCAUCAUCACCUCGUUCCUCGCAGUGUUUCACAUUCGACCAAUUGGUGGUCAGCUACGGAAAGGCCAAGCCGAGGCUUAGCCUUCAGGAUUGCACGCCUCGCCGCACAGCUAGGCAGCAUUCUUUCAUAUCUCGGGGCCCAAGGCCGCAGGUCACAGGUCACUUUCACGCAGCCCUCUCGAAGCGAUCUUUCUUUCAUUCCAAGAUUGCUGGUCGCAUGUUCUUUCAUCUCCUCCAUCUUUACGAUAACAUGAAUUUCUCAACACGAGCCCUCCCGUAUAAAUCCCACCCGUUGUACAAACUGCGGAUUGCGACAUUGAUCACGGCAGUUGUGGGCUCCUUCCUCAAUAUCUUUGCCAUAUUGGGUCUUAUUUACAACGAUUCUGACAGAAUCCCCUACUUUUUGUUUAGCUUCGUGCUCCUCUUCAUUUCCCUCACAUUCGUCCUACACGAUUUGAACACCUAUGCCGCCUCCAGAGCCUCGAACGGCCCAGCCCAAGCCCAUGGCAGUAAAAGUGCCCCGGAACCGCAAUUACAGCCUCGCCCUGCGGAAGACCCGGAGUGGCCAUCGAAGCGCCUGGUCAUCACCGACCUUGUUCUAGCUAUUCUCCUUCAAUGGCUAUUUUGGGUGGCUUUCUUUGCGAUCGUCAGUGGCUACCACCGAUAUUAUCGCUCCGGCUCCGAGACGAUCGAAGCGUACGCGAACUUGGCGAACUUUGCGGCUAGUAUCGAGCACGCCAUCGCCUUCUGGAAAGAACUGCUUGCGAGGAAGAGGGCUGCGUGGCAACGGGACGCCGAGGCGAGGCCCUGUGAGGGCUGCGGUCACGUCAACCAUGCCGCGACAGAAGCAUCUCAAUCAGCCGCGGCAACUGCACCAGCGCAUGGUGAAGUCGGAUUAGCAGGACCAUCGUUCUUGGGACACUUCGGCAAGGGAAAUAUCACACUUCCGAAGUGGGCAAGAGGGCCCAAUGCUGGUCCAUACAAGGAUGAGGAGAGGGAUAUCGAGAACGAAGCUGCGGAAGCAACGGCUGACGAGCCCUUGUUGGUCACGCCGGAUGAAAGCACAGCGGAGGCUGGUGGACCAUCCGGGAGUAGCCAGGGGUAUGGAACACUCGACCAGAGUGUUGAGAGUGUGGGAAGUGUGCCGGAGACUGUUGUCAGGAAGAAAGACAAAGGGAAGAAGAGACAAAUUGAGGUUGAGUAGACGUGUUGGCGAUCGGGUUGUCGUGUAUGAGCUGCGCGCACUCGGACUUCUCGAAAAAGGCACAUCUUAUUGCCUUUGGUCCAGCUUCUG